CUAUGUUUCACGCUUCGAUUUGUUUCCUGCUUACUUUAAGCUGUUGUGCCUUAGCGAAACCGCUUUUAUCAAUUGAGGACUAUGGCGAUAAGCUCAAAGGAAUGGUACACAUGUUGCACGAUACUUGCGUCGCUAGGAGUGGUGUGGACGACUCAAAAAUCGAGGAGAUGAAAACAGGGAAAUUUGGAAGUGACCCGAAAGCAAAGUGUCUGCUGAAAGGGCUGGUGUAUACCAGAGCCAACAUGAGGCGAAGCUAGGUAGACAGGGCUUGGCUGAGACGAGCUUCAGAUCGCCGGACAGCUACCCAGAAAACGUUUGACAACAGAAUUUCGGUUUUAAUAAAAACAUUUUUUUAAUAGUCCGCCUGUUUUAUAUUAUAUAUUUGUAUUGUCACACUGAAGACCUUGCGUCCCAACUAACAAUUAUUUAUCAGUCCUAUUAGAGUUGUAAGAACGAUUAUACAGUUUUCCUUACACAGCAUUGUAUACUGUAAGAAUAUUGGCAAAACGCUCUUAGAACAGCUAUACAAGCGUAAUGGGCACACCUAAUAGGACACUUCAGGUUGUAUAAGGGCUGCACGUAACAGUUACACAACAAAACUGUAAACCUCUUGCAGCCGCUAUAGAACAUUUGCGUCAGUGCAAGAUUCAGUUUUUGUCAACUAUACAACUAUUCUGUUACAUGAUUCUAUUUUAUUGCAACCAAACUAUUUCUUAUAUAUUGUAUAGGCGAAGUGAAGAAUAUAUAACUAAC